CUCGGGAAACGUUCAUCUAUUUAUUUAGGGGAACGGCUGAUGGGGGGGGGAAUCAUGUGCCUGCUCCCCCCCCAACCCGUUUUUUUGCAAGCUGGGAUGAACGCGCCUCAGAUGUUGUUUCUGCUGCUAUGAUGUGGGUGGCUUGAGAGCCCCCCCGGUUCAAAGCCCACCAGAGGCGCUGACAUUGCCAGGCGGGUCACUUUCACGCUCUUGCUGCCCAGCGCAGAGCCAUCUCCUCCCCGCUGCAAGUGGCACCCGCGAGGGGAUCCAUCAUGGGGUCCCGGCUGAGCAGACAGAGCAGCCUGGAGGAGGAGAGCGCCUCUGGAGAAGACUCGUGCCCCAGGUUAGCUAGGAAGCAGCCGCACAGGAGGGUGGAGACUAACCGAGGGGACUUUCAAUUCGCUUCCCUGAUCCUGAACUCCGAGAAGCUGUCCGGGGUGCUGAGGAAAAACAACCCGGCGCCCUACGUGAGGAGGGUGGGAUGGAUCCGAGAGAUCCAGGCGACCAUUCGGGAACACAAGAGAGAGCACGCGGUCCACAUUCUCAGAUUGCUCAGAAAGGACCUGGGAUUGGAAGGUACGUGCCUCAGUGAAGUGCUCUACAAGAAUGCUACUUUCCUCAACUUGGUGGACCCCAUUUCCCACGACCUGCUGAUGAACCUCGCUAGAGAUCUGCAGUGCCCCAAAAAGGAAUACGACCCCUGGAAGUCCGCGGACAGGAUCUGCAGGCAGCUGAUUUACCACUUGAGCCCUCACUCCACGUGGCAUAGGCACGGCAUGCCCCGCAGGAAGUCCCAAGCAUGCCUGAAGACCAGCCUGCAGAAGAAGCUGAGCCAGGACUCCAUGGAUUUAUCAGGGAUUCCCCUGACCAUGCGGGAUGUCCACCGCAUGGCCUAUUACCUACAGAAUAACGGGGACAAUCUCACUGCGGUGGACCUGAGCUUCACCGAGAUGACCGACGACAUGGUGCGCCUGCUCCUGCCCUUUUUCUGGGCGCUGCCCAAACUCACUCACCUUUCCCUCAGCGGCAACCGGCUGACCCGAGCCACCAUGAAGGAGCUGACGGACACCAUGAAGGACAUGAACAAGUUCCCGUGCUUGGCCUGGAUAGACCUCGGCAACAACGUGGACGUCUCCUCCAUGCCCCAGCCUUUGCUGGUGGGCCUACGCAAGCGCCUCAGCCAGCAGACCACGCUGCCCACCAUCUACGAGUCCCUCGACUGCGAUGCCGAGCUGCCCGGCGGCCACGAGGCCAGCCGCCAGGAGGGGGAGGGGCGUGUGGCUGAAGACAAGGACACCCCAUGUGACUUCCCCCAGCAGUGCUGCGAGAGGUGAUUCGGCAGCAGGCCUUAGCUGUCGGACAGACGCCGUGGCAAGGCGAGCUCGGAGUACAAACACAAUGCAGAAGGCCAGCUUCACCGGCUUCCUCUGGCGCUUCUCUUGCCUUCAAUGACAUCCCAGACUUGCCGUGUUCUCAGUGAAAGCCUGCCUCCCCCCCCCCCACAGCCAAACCGAUCACCCCCAUUCCAAACAGGAAGCUGAUACUCACAGUGAACCUGGCCUCGGAGCAGGAGCUCAUUGGAAGAUGGGAACUGAGCUGUAGGAUUCGGCAUAUUCCCCAGAGGCUAUUGAGGAGAGCAGUGGGGGAGGAAAAACCUAAACAAAAAGCAACGUCUCCUCCUAGGUUAUUUCCUGUCUUCCUUUUCCUCCUUGUCCUGUCAUUGCUGGGGCCUGAGACCUGGAGUUGUGAGGUGGGAGCUGCCCCAAGGGUCGAGGGUCUGUCGGGCUUUGCUGAAUGCAUCAGAGACUGGAGUCAGAGCCCAGCAGAGCGUGUCUUCCCCUUGAGCCUGGCUCAAUAUGUUUUUUUCAUUGUGUGAUUUGUAUUAAUGUCCAAACAAAGGGAAUUGGAAUCAGAGGCCCAACAGUGUGCAGGCCGGGGAGGACACGUGACAUGGAAUUGCAGUGUCAGGAUAUUUAGGGGCAGGGUACGUGUGUGCAUUGGUGGGGGCGUUGAUUGGGGGGGGCAGGGGACAAAGGGAGGGAAUAGGCAUUCCGUGUGGAUUAACAUGAUCGGUUUUACAAACUGUGCUUUUGUACAAAACCAACAAAUCAAAACCAAAAGACAGGAGGGGGGAAAAGCUCACAGAAAAGUCCAUUAUGGUGGGAGCUAAGGGGCGAGAUGUGGCAAAGCCGCUGGGCCCAGCCCAAACUGCAGCAGAACUUUGGGUUGCUCCUUGUUAGACAUGCCGUGCAUCUGACCAUCUGUACCCAGGGUUUCUUAAUAUUAUAGAUAUGAUGGGAACGGUCGAGUCACCAUUACUAACACCAUCCAGGAAACCCAACCAGCGAUGCAAGAUUCCCAGUGUUUUCCACAUUGUCAUGCUGUAU